GUUGGUUGUCCUUUGAAACUUUCUCUGGACCGACUUCAAUGCCCCACCUUAUUCUACCCAACCCGCCUCUUUUGCUUGCAGUAGCGACCUCGACAGCUUGCGUGCCAUAUCGCGUGCAUCUUCAUCACCUUGACCUUUGCCCUCCAGUGCAGCCGUUCUCCUAUCACCGAGCCUUGUCACCGUGAUUUGCAGAAGAUGGAGGUCUGCUGAGGGGCUGAGCCAUGAGUAUCGGGCACCACAACUGCCAAACCUGAGAAUGAGGACGACUACAUCUUUCACGACACAGCUGCUUGGGGUAUAGCAGUCUUGCACACAAGCUUCCAAUAGCUGCUAGGAUCAACUCUGCUGCAAUACAUACGUUUUACUGUCCAGCAAUGGACGCCCAGAUCGAGAAUGCGAUCGAGAUCGCCUGGAACCCCGCCUCGGACCAGGCUCUCAAGGCCCAAGCCUUUGAGUUCCUGAACCAGCUGCGCUCCGAUUCCCAGGCCUUGCAGGUCUGCACCAACCUCUUCGCCCGAACGCCCCGAGCAUCCGAGGUCGUACGUCUAGUCUGUCUCGAAAUAGUCAACAAUGCUGUUGUUCAUUCGCAGGCAGUCGACGCCCCCAGCCUCGGCUUUCUCAAGCAGGCGCUGCUUGAUUACAUUGGGCACAUCUACAACGGCGAGGCUCACGAACCUGUCGACCCGGCACAUAUACAAAACAAGCUCACACAAACCCUGACAUACCUCUUCGUCUUCCUUUACAAGGAGGGUUGGGAGAGCUUCAUUGAUGACUUCCUGGCCCUCGCCCAGAAAGAAAACAACCUGCCCGGCGUGCUCAUGUACUUGCGCAUCCUCGGCUCGAUCCACGACGAAAUUGCCGAUCUCGUGUUCACCCGGCCAGACAACGUCACCAGGCGCAACAACGAUCUCAAGGACCUGGUGCGCGACCGAGACAUGCGGAAGAUAGCGCAAUCCUGGAAGGACCUGCUGGCUCGGUACAGCAACCAAAGUGACGCAGUGGUCGAGUCGACGUUGAAGAUUAUUGGCAAGUGGGUUAGCUGGAUAGACAUCCACUUGGUCAUUAACGAGGAGAUGCUCAACCUCCUUCUUCCCUUGGUUGGCAGGACCCAUGCGGCCGGCAGCGAGGACAAGGUCAGGGAUGCGGCUGUGGACACCUUCACGGAGAUCGUGGCCAAGAAGAUGAAGGCGGGCGACAAGAUCGACAUGAUUUCGUUCCUCAACCUCCGUGAGAUCGUCACGCAGCUACUGGCUACCCCGCCUCUGAAUGAGUGGAAGGGGACGCCCCGGUACGAUACCGACCUUGCCGAGGCCGUGGCCAAGCUGGUCAACACCAUCGUGGUCGACGUUGUCCGUGUCUUGGAAGAUGUCAAGGUGGAGACCGACACAAGGGCGAAGGCUGAGCAAUUCCUCCGUGAUUUCCUGCCGUCCUUGCUCCGUCUCUUCUCGGACGAGUUCGACGAAGUCUGCUCGACCGUCAUCCCCGCGCUGACCGACCUCGUGACCUUCCUCCGCAAGGUCGGACAACUGCCCCCCACAUACUCCGAGAUGCUGCCCCCCAUUCUGAAUGCAAUCGUCCUCAAGAUGAGAUACGAUGAGACGGCCAACUGGGGCAACGAGGACGAACAGACCGACGAGGCCGAGUUUGAAGAGUUGCGGAAGAGGCUUCAGAUUCUCCAGAAGAGCGUAGCGUCUGUCGAUGAGAAUCUCUGCAUAGAGUUCUUGAGCAGUUUGGUGGCAAACAUGUUCUCUACCCUUGAACAACAGGGUUCGCAGAUGGACUGGAGGGACCUCGACCUUGCGCUGCACGAGAUCUAUCAGUUUGGCGAGCUUGCGCUGCCCAACACGGGACUGGCUCAAAAAAGCCAGCCGAACAGCGUCGCUGCUGAACGACUGAGUGUGAUGAUGCGCAAGAUGGUCGAGUCAGGCAUCGCCAACUAUCCUCACCCUGGAAUUCUCCUCCAGUACAUGGAGAUCUGCACGCGAUAUUACAACUUCUUCGAAGACCAACAACGGUAUAUCCCGCAAGUGCUCGAAAACUUCGUCCGUCUGGUGCACCACGACCACAUACGCGUCCGGCUCAGGUCCUGGUACCUGUUCCUGCGGUUCGUGAAGACGCUGAGGGCUCAGGUCGGCAGUCUAGCGAAGACAGUGAUCGAGUCCAUCAGCGACCUGCUGCCGAUCAAAGCGGAGGUUCCUGGGAACGAUGCCGACGACGACAUGUCCUCGGAUGAGUCGGACCACUCGGCCGAGUCCGUGUUCAACAGCCAGCUUUACCUGUACGAGGCCAUCGGAUGCAUCUCAUCGACAUCGGCCACACCUCCCGCCGACCAGGCCAUGUACGCGCGCUCCGUCAUGGAGCCUCUGUUCUCCGACAUGAGCGUGCAUAUCGAGCGAGCAAGUGCCGGAGACACGCAGGCAAUCCUACAGGUUCACCACAUCAUUAUGGCCUUGGGAACGCUCGCUACCGGCUUUGCCGAGGCGAAUGCCGGGCAGCCAAACAAACGGCCACAGCCGCACGAAGCCAUCUCGAACGAGUUCUCGCGGGCAGCUGAGGCCAUUCUGAUUGCUCUGAAUCAACUGAACGCCAGCCAGGACGUCCGCACCGCGUGCCGGUCGGCGUUCUCACGGCUGCUGGGCGUUCUGGGCGCGGCCCUCCUGCCGCAGCUGCCUCAGUGGAUUGAAGGCCUGCUCUCCCGCAGCUCCAGCAAAGACGAGAUGGCCAUGUUCCUCCGUCUCCUGGAGCAGGUUGUCUACAACUUCAAGGGCGAAAUCUACAACAUACUCGACCUCCUUUUAACCCCUCUCCUCCAACGCGUCUUCAGCGGCCUUUCCGAGCCCAUCAGCGGUACAGACGACGAGAUCCAGCUGCACGAGCUCCGCCGCGAGUACGUCUCGUUCGUGCAGGUCAUCCUCGUCAACGACCUGGGCGGCGUCCUCGUGAGCGCCGCCAACCAGGCCACCUUUGAGUCCCUCAUUUCCUCCAUAAUUGACAUCGCCAAGACGCUCACUCACGGAAACCUCGUGCCCAGCCGCAUCGCAUUCAACGUCCUCAGCCGCAUGGCGUCGCAGUGGGGUGGCCCGGACGUCGCUACCAUCGGCGAGAACCCUGUCACGACGGGCGCCCCGGCCCCGGCCAUCCCGGGGUUCGACCAGUUCAUGAUUCAGCAUUUCCAUGGCCUGUGCUGGACCGUAUUGCAGGAUCCGGCGUUUAGACCGAAUAAUGAUGCACAGUCGAGGCAGAUCCUCAAUGAGAUUGCAGGAAUACAGCAGGUUCUCUAUUCCAAGACGGGCGAGGCGUUUGUCAAUCAUCUGCAGGGGGUUACGUUCCCGUCGUUGGGCAUGGAUGGCGCGGAAUACCUUAGGGUGUUGACGACGAGCAGGGACAGGAAGCCUGUUGUACAGUGGUUGUUGGGGUUGCUUAAGGGGAGGAGAUAGGCAAGGCGGCCUGGCUUUAAGCGGCGGGAUGGGAGGUGGGUUUGUAAAUACCGUAGAUAGAUGAGAGAGAAACUUACUAACCUUGGGGAGACC